AUGGAGGGUGCAGAAGAGAAGAAAAAGAAGGUUCCUCCUGUGCCAGAAACCCUUAAAAAAAAGCGAAAGAAUUUCGCAGAGCUUAAGAUCAAGUGCCUGAGAAAGAAGGUUGCCCAAAAGAUGCUUCGAAAGGCAAGGAGGAAGCUUAUUUAUGAAAAAGCUAAGCAUUACCACAAGGAAUACAGGCAGAUGUACAGAACUGAAAUUCGAAUGGCUAGGAUGGCACGAAAAGCUGGCAACUUCUAUGUACCCGCGGAACCCAAGUUGGCAUUUGUCAUCAGGAUCAGAGGCAUCAACGACAACGCAUUGAUUGCUCGAUCUCUUGGGAAAUACGGACUCAUCUGCAUGGAGGAUCUGAUUCAUGAGAUCUAUACUGUUGGAAAACGUUUCAAAGAAGCAAACAACUUCCUGUGGCCCUUUAAAUUGUCUUCUCCGCGAGGUGGAAUGAAGAAAAAGACCACCCAUUUUGUAGAAGGUGGAGAUGCUGGCGACAGGGAAGACCAGAUCAACAGGCUUAUUAGAAGGAUGAACUAA